AUGGGUAGAUUUUGGGGUAGUUUGCAGGAGGCCUUAGGGGCGCAGCUGGAUUUCACUACGCCAUAUCACCCGCAGAGUGAUGGGCAAAGUGAGAGGACUAUCCAGAUUUUAGAGGAUAUGUUACCAUUGUGUUGGGCGGAGGUUGGAGAGAAAGUAGUAUCUGGACCCGAGAUGGUGAAAGAGGCGAGAGAUGGAAUUGAAAAGAUUAGAAAAAGGUUGAUCACGGCUCAAAGUAAGCAAAAGUCCUAUACGGAUAAGAGGAGAAAGCCAUUGGAAUUUGCGGUUGGGGAUAAGGUAUUUUUGAAGGUUAGUCCACGACGUAGCAUUCAAAGGUACAGUAAGCAAGGAAAGUUGGCACCACGUGGAGGAAGAUGGGAGCUAUACUCUUCAUCCGAUGAGGAUCUUGGAUCGAAAGGACAAGGUCACAUGAUCAAGUACCAUACCGUUGAUAAAGGGGUAACCGUCCGGACAGUUUUAAAAGUCAUCUGGACAGUUCUAGAAGAAACUAAAACAGGGUUGGCAUCCUCUGUAAUAUGGGAAUGUGCCAUCAAAAUUUCUAGUGGAGUGGUGUGA